AAGUUUUGGAUUAAUUGACAACUCCAUCUUUAUCAUGAAUCACAUGGAUUCUUCUCUUUCCUUAAACCUCAAGGCUGUGUUGCAAUUAUAGAGGCUCUUUAUUCAUUUAGUUGUAUUUUCCUUCUAUAAAGGCUGGCACGCAUCAUUUAACAAUUAGUAUCAAAUUGAAAGUGAGAGAAAGAGAGAGAGUAUGAGAGCUAUGAGAUCCCUUUGCUUUGUCGCUACUGUGGCCUUGUGUCUUGCGCUGCUUGCACAAGUUAACGAUGCAAGAAAAGAUCCAGCGCAACAUGAGUCGAGGGUGAGUGUUACUGCCUAUGAGGAUGGUCACAAGUCCACGAGUGAGGAAUCUUCUGUAAAAGAUUUUGAGCCAAGACCCAAUUUCUUUCUAUAUAAUCAUGACAAUUCCAAUGUGGAUCAUGGUCACAAGCCCACGAGUGAGGAAUCUUCUGUAAAAGAUUUUGAGCCAAGACCCAAUCUCUUUUUAUAUAAUCAUGACAAUUCCAAUGUGGAUCAUGGUCACAAGCCCACGAGUGAGGAAUCUUCUGUAAAAGAUUUUGAGCCAAGAUCCAAUCUCUUUCUAUAUAAUCAUGACAAUUCCAAUGUGGAUCAUGGUCACAAGCCCACGAAUGAGGAAUCUUCUGUAAAAGAUUUUGAGCCAAGACCCAAUUUCUUUCUAUAUAAUCAUGACAAUUCCAAUGUGGAUCAUGGUCACAAGCCCACGAGUGAGGAAUCUUCUGUAAAAGAUUUUGAGCCAAGACCCAAUCUCUUUUUAUAUAAUCAUGACAAUUCCAAUGUGGAUCAUGGUCACAAGCCCACGAGUGAGGAAUCUUCUGUAAAAGAUUUUGAGCCAAGACCCAAUCUCUUUCUAUAUAAUCAUGACAAUUCCAAUGUGGAUCAUGGUCACAAGCCCACGAGUGAGGAAUCUUCUGUAAAAGAUUUUGAGCCAAGACCCAAUCUCUUUCUAUAUAAUCAUGACAAUUCCAAUAUGGAUCAUGGUCAUAAGCCCACGAGUGAGGAAUCUUCUGUAAAAGAUUUUGAGCCAAGACCCAAUUUCUUUCUAUAUAAUUAAUCAUGACAAUUCCAAUGAGGAUGGUCACAAAGCCACAAGUGAGAAAUCUUCUGCAAAGAUUUUGAGCCAAAACCUGAUAUCCUUAUAGAUGCUGAUGACCAUGACGAUGCGAUUGGAGAUAAGUCAGGAAAGUGAAAAAGUUAAUUAUCAAGUUCAUGUUGUAUGUUGUCUCGUGUUUAUGUUAUUGCGUGUGGUCUCAUGUCGCCUAUCAGUAAUUUUAAUGUAUGAAGGUGGAUAAGCCUCUAUAUGCUCUUCGAAUAAAUGUAUCCAUUGUAUGUGAUCAAAUAUGUAUUUAAAUGAAAAUCAAUCAGAUAUGUUUAAUGUUUGUUUCUAUA